UUUUGUGCUUUUUUACAGUGAAAUAUUUCCAUGAAAGAACAGUGAAAAUCUCUCAAUUUUCUAAUGCCUGCAAUCUCCGGUCUGCAAUAAUGCGAGUUACCAUCAAAAGCUGGACAGGCGUUGCAACGUGGCGAUGGAUCGCCAAUGAUGAUAACUGUGGCAUCUGUCGCAUGGCCUUCGAGAACUGCUGUCCAGAGUGCACUCUUCCGGGAGACGACUGUCCGCUCGUGUGGGGCGCCUGCUCGCACUGCUUCCACAUGCACUGCAUCGUCAAGUGGCUCAACUCGCAGCCCAUCACCCAGCAGUGUCCCAUGUGUCGCCAGAACUGGCGAUUCAACGACAAGUAGAGACUUCCAGUGACCAACCCAAUCUCAGUCCUUUCCUGAGUUGAGUGUAGGCGAGAGACAAUCUCCCUGGUGUUUUCUAGAAGAACAGUGAGUGUGUGAGUGAAGAGUGUCCGAGAAUCAGCCUGAGAAGUGAUCCAGAAGCGAGGCA